GCAUAUGGACACAUGUUCUGGGAAUAUUUCACAAAAAGCCGCAUAUGAGCACUUCCUCUGUUGCGUUCAUUUAUACUUGUGUUCUGCAGAGUGUCAGUGUGCAGGAGAGAGAGACUGGAUAUUCUUCUGUUCUACAAGUCAUGACUGAGGCAGAGAGGUUCAUCCUCAUUGGCUGUCUGCUGCAAGGUGCCCUGGGCAGAGAGUGGGAAAUCUGGACGCCUCAGAGUAUAAAAGCUCUGAGUGGAUCCUGUGUGCUGAUUCCCUGCAGAUUUGAGAUCCCAUCUGUACAUGAUCGAAAUCUGGUAGCAGGGGCUAAAGGACAAUGGAAAAAAGGUGGAACAGGUGGUCCAGUAGUGUUUGACUCCAGUAUAACUGAGGCAAUGCUGGAAAUUAAAGGAACAUUAAUUGGAAAACUGGAGAAGAAGAACUGCACCACAAUCCUGGACCGCUUCCCUCCAUCUUACAGUGAUGACUAUUUCUUCAGAUUGGAAACCAUGCGUACGCUCAGGUUUAACUAUCGCAAAGGUGUCAACAUUAACGUGCACGACUCUCCACCCAAACCAAAAUUCAUCCCAGAGAGGGUGGAGGUGAUGGAGGGGGCCUCUGUGAAUUUGAGCUGCUCUGCUGCAGCCCCCUGUCCCAAACUCCCCCCAAAUCUGACAUGGACCCCCAGGCUGAGUGACAGUGUGGAUCAACUGCAAGAGAAUGAGGAUCGAACCAAAUCUGUGUUUUCUGUUCUGACCUUCACUGCUUCCCACCUCCACCAUGGGCAGAAGAUCACCUGCAGGGCACUUUACACACUGCAACAAGAAGACAUUCAGAAGACAACUGAGGCCAGUCUGACUCUCAGAGUUCUAUACAUGCCUCAGAUCUCUGGCUCUGGGAGCUGCAGCAGAACUGCAGCAGAGAUCAGCUGCUCCUGUGAGAGCCGUGGGAAUCCCUCUCCCAGCAUGGAGUGGCAUGUGUCUGGACUGCGGGUCACUAACUCUACUGACAGGGUCAUCAGGGAGGAGCAGCUGGGGAACACAGGCCUGAGGAGCUCCCUCACCAUGCGCCAAUCACAGGGAGACACGCCCAUUCUCCUCUGCGUCAGCACCAACACUCUCGGCAACUCCAGCAUCCAGCUCCUCGUCCCGUCUCCACAACAACACUCAGGUUUCAGCAUUACCUUGUUGCUGAUUGGUGCUGGUGCUGUUGCUGGUGCCAUGAUGAUUAUAUGCCUCAUCAUGACGGCUGUUAAAAAGCAGGCCAUUCCAACCCUGCAGCGCUGGAAAAAGAGAGACAGCCAGUGUUCUGGAAGUAGAAGAAAGGACAGGGAAGGGCUCACACUGACAGAUGUGAGUCCCCCCCCAGCAGCAGAAGAACCCAUCUACGCCAACCACACCGUGGCAACCGCCCAGCACAGGGACCCACAGCUGGGAGGGACAGACCCACAGAUACCGCCCCGGGCAGGGGGCCAAAACAGGGCAGAGCUGGAAGCCGUGCACUACGCCUCGAUCAAGCACUCCCCCCGGCCCGUGGAGACACAGGGCCAGGAUGCCUGGGAUGGGGCCGCAGGCCGAGGGGCCGACGUGGUCUAUUCACAGGUGGCACUGAAGAGCAAAAACAAGAAAGGGAAGGACGAGGAUGGGGAGGUGAAGAAAUAGGGGGCGGGGCAGUGGGAAUACCAUGGGGAAGGGCAGUGGGAGGGGCAUAGAUAGAGGGCGGGGCAUGGGGAAGGACAUGGGGAGGGGUAUUGGGAGGGGCAUAGAUAGGGGGAGGGGCAGAGUGAGGGGCAGUGGGUUAGGGUUAGGCUGUUUCGCAGCCAGAGGAGGAGCAGUUAGUCAUAGGGGACAUGCGAAGUGUGGUGAUGCAGACGGACAGCCCGUGUGUGAUGGAAGUGAUGGAAACCCAGAAAGGGAGCGCUCCAAUGUGGCCUUUUAUAAAGAAGGACAUGCAGCCAUACUCAUUUUUACACAUCUACAAAUGUAGAAUCAGCCUCCAGCAUCACGCUUUUGGACUUGGCCUUGGAAGAAAUGCAGAAAAAGUUUGCAGGUCAUCAAUGAUGUUGACGACUCCUUCCAGGCCUUCUAUCAUCUGCGCCACGGACCUCUGGAACACUUCUGAUGCUGAUGAUAUUCCAAAGGGUAAACGCAGGAAGCGGUAGCGCCCUAUUGGAGUGUUCAUUGUGCACAGCUUGGAGCUCUCAUCAUCAAGUUUGAUUUGCCAAAAUCCCUGGUGUAAUUCAUCAAUGACUCUGUCCCUGAGAGCAACUGGAAUCUUCCUUGGAGCAUGCACAACUGGCUUGACUGUGCUGUCAAUCUGUAUGUGGUGCUGUCCAGGCUGGGAUACGACGGCGGCGGGAUACGACCCACAGAGAGCUCCUCAGACGCCCGGACCGGGGUGUUGGCGGUGCGGACAACCGGGUCACCUGCGCCGCGAGUGCCCGCUCAUGGACGUGGGGCAGGUGGUUCGUGUUGUCGGCCCGCCCACCUCCGCUCCCGACCCAGACGGAGCGUACUGUAUUCCGACCGACGCGUCGGACAGAGGGCUGGGGGCUGUUUUGACCCAGCAGGUGGAGGGAGUCGACCGCCCCGUGCUGUACAUCAGCCGAAAACUGUCACAACGGGAGGUGAAGUACAGCACGGUGGAGAAAGAGUGCCUCGCCAUUCGGUGGGCGGUCGGAGCCCUCCGGUAUUACCUUCUGGGUCGCCCUUUCACCCUCUGUUCGGACCAUGCCCCCCUCCAAUGGCUCCACCGCAUGAAGGAUACCAACGCCCGGAUCACUCGGUGGUAUCUGGCUUUGCAGCCUUUUAAUUUCAAGGUGAUCCAUAGACCGGGUGUACGGAUGGUCGUGGCGGACUUCCUCUCUCGCCCCCAGGAGGGGGGGGGAGGGGGGGGGUUGGUCAUCGGCCGGAUGGCUCCCCAGCCUAAGUCGGGCGGUGGGGGUAUGUGGUGGGGUGGGCGUGGUUUGAGCGUCGGCUGCAGAGAGAGAGAGAGUGUGAGAGGAGCGGCUCUUGGAUCCUUCGUCACAACUGUCAGCUGGAGGUAAUCAGCGCCGAUAAUUGUUAAUUGUUUAAUUGCGCUGAUUGCCUCUGAUUGCUUUCAACAGUGAGCCUGGGGUUUUUAAAAGGAAGACCGGAAGCUGGAGCGAAGGUUGAGCUGAUGACAAGGCUGCUACGGAACCGUCGGAACUUUGUGAAAAGUGUCUGUAAAAACGAAACCGAAAAUAAAGGAGCACGGCAGUGCUAAUUGUGGAAACGAUUGUCUCCCGUGAGUGUGUGUUAAACAGGAGGGGUGGCACUCACUUGCCACAGUACAGUUUUCCGGUCUUUGACCUAUGCACAAAUGCUUCCAAUUUUGGCAAUGUUCCCCCACUUGGAUUUUCAUGGAGUUUUCAUGAGCUGAAUACAACAAAAAUCAUUUCUGUUUCAAUUAGUCCUCGGUUGGGUGAAAUUUUCUCACAGAUUGCCUAGUCUAUAUUUAGUUUACACUAAUGUUUUCCUGUUGAUCAUCUGAGUUUCCGGGUAGGAAAAGGAGAGUAACAUGACAAAUAUCAACAAAAGACUCUUGGAAUCUUACAACGUGUGAAGCUCCACGAUUCCCAUUCUUAGCAGAAUCUUAAGAUGUGUGCACCUCUAGGAGUAAAACCAUUGACUUGGACAGAUUUGUGUCAGACUUUAGUCGUCUUAAAGUCAUCUAGUGUAUGGGAGGCAUAAUCUACAAGUUUUUGGACGGCGGGCGAGAAGCUGGAGCACCCAGAGGAAGCCCACAUGGACCCGAGGAGAACAUGCAGGCUCCACACGGAGAGGCUCCGGCUGGGAUUCGGACCUGGGACCUUCAUGAUGAAGGAUUACUGUGCUAUUUAUUUAUUUAUUCAUUUAUUUAUUUAUUUAUCCAGAAAUAAAUGUAUUUUUCUGGCAGGAGAUGCAGCUUUCCACAGGUACAAUGGACAACAGAGCAACACAAUACAGCAAUACAACACAAAAGACAUCACAAGACAAGGUAAGAAAAUAGGUAGUUUCCUGAAAUCCCUGUAAAAGAUCAAAGUAGCAUUUCCAUGGAAAAUGAGGUCCAGCCUGAGGAAACCAAGCCCUAUGAAGAAUGCGCACUAUCUUCAGUGAAGGUACUGGGACACAGGAGAUUGAUCUGGAAAAGAGGAUCUGAAAGAAACCCCUGUUCUUAUCUGGGGAGACCGCAGCGCCCAGGAUCAGGAAGAAUGGAGAGAACCAGAGGAGAGAGGAGAGAGCCAGCUGCUUCAGAUCUGGAGCCAUUUUCAUUAAAUAUUAAAUAUUUUGGGAGAUACCAGAGGAGAGACCCGCCUGCUUUAAAUCUGAGGUUGUUUCCAUCAAAGGUUCAAUGUUCCUUUAUUCGUAUCCAGGGAAGAAUUUAUCUUUUAGACAGGAGAUGCAGCAUUCCACCGGUACAAUGGACAUCAGAGCAACACAAAACAGCAAUACAACACAAAAUUCAGCACAAGAAAAUCGGUGAAAGUCUUUAAAAAAAUUUAAAAAGUCAUGAAAACACAUCAUUGGGAGAAACCUACCAGAGGAGAAAGCCACCCGUUUAAAAUAUGGAGCCAUUUUCUUUAAGAUUUUGGAAGAUCAUCAAACAAGGUUUCUUUACUUGAGCACAAGGAUAAAAAAACUAUUCAGCGCUCAAGAGUUUAAAAUACAAACAGGCAAGUAUCUUUUCAGCUGUUUUUACACAGAUUGGCAUUGUGCACACAAGUGCGGCAGUGGCCAAAAGCCGUUGCUGCUGCUGCUCCUGCUCCAUUGCCUAUUUAGUUUACACAGUACCGUCUACCUAUUUUUCUUCUCUGAGUUUUCGACAGGAAGUGGAGGGCUAACAUGAAAAAUAUCAUAAAAAGAAUCCUGUUGGAAUCUUACAAUGUGUGAAGCUGCGUAAUUCCCAGUCUGUGCACCUCUAGGAGUGAAAACCAGUGAAUUGUACAGAUUGUUGUUAAAUGUGAGUGAGUGUGUCAGACUUUAGUCGUCUUAAAGUCGCCUAGUGUAUGGGAGGCAUAAUCUACAAGUUUUUGGACUGCGGGCGAGAAGCUGGAGCACCCAGAGUAAGCCCACAUGGACCCGAGGAGAACAUGCAGGCUCCACACGGAAAGGCUCCGGCUGGGAUUCGGACCUGGGACCUUCAUGAUGAAGGAUUACUGUGCUAUUUAUUUAUUUAUUCAUUUAUUUAUUUAUUUAUCCAGAAAUAAAUGUAUUUUUCUGGCGGGAGAUGCAGCUUUCCACAGGUACAAUGGACAACAGAGCAACACAAUACAGCAAUACAACACAAAAGACUUCACAAGACAAGAUUACGUAUCACACAGAAGGAUAACGCAUGCGCUCAUGCACAAAGGUUUGUGCGGAAGGUCCAUAAGGACAGGUGAAGGUGAGCGGCGCUAGUUGCACUUAUUAUAAAACUAUUUGUUUAGUUAUUUCUUUUUUCACUUUCAUAUUUGAGUGAACAACAGCAUCGUCAUCCUCUAUUGCAGUGUUUUUUAAACUGUGCAUCGGGACCCAAGUGAGUGGUGAGUCCCGUAACGAGUCGGCAGUCAGCUAGGCUGUGUUAGCCUGUGUGUCUGAUGGGUCCCUUAAACUACUACAUAUUUCUAAUUCUGAUCCCAAUAUUAGAGAAGUAUUUAUAAUUUGGGUCCCAGUAUUAGAGAAGUAUUUUUAAUUUGGAUCCCAAUGUUUAAAAGCUUAAGUUGGUAUUUCAUGUUCUGUAUGUGGAAAGAAUCGGAGGCCUGACCGGGAGGCUAAUAUGCUAAUUGCUUUGUCUCCUACGGUUAGGCCGCUACUUUUUGUUUAUACAGUUAUUGAUAAGAUUCUGUCCAUGGCACUUCAUUUUUUUAUGAAAUUCCUUUUUCACUUCCAUAUUUGAGUGAACAACAGCAUCGUCAUCCUCUGUUGCAGUGUUUUUUAAACACUGGCCGGCAGGAGGGUUUGAGGAUGGUGCCAGAAGGAGUCAACAGUCUGCUAGGCUAUUGUAGCAUAUGUGUUUGAUGGGUCCCUAAAACUACUACGUAUUUCUAAUUUUGGUUCCUAGAUUGUACGUUCAUGUAAUUCUUUAUGAUCAUAGCUAAAUGUUUUAUUAGCAACUCCAAAUAAAGAACCAAACUUUUU